CAUCUCAUAAUUAAGUACCCAAACCCGAACUACCGGAACGUCGAUGAUGGCGCCGGCGACGAUCUCCAAUCUCGCGAGAACCCUCUCCAAGCCUCCGACCGGGUUUCGCCGAGGCCUCAACACCCUCGUCAGCUCACACACUGCCAAAUGGAUGCAGGACACUAGUAAGAAAUCUCCCAUGGAGUUAAUCAAUGAAGUCCCACCAAUAAAAGUUGAAGGCCGAAUUGCUGCUUGUGAAGGAGAUAGCAAUCCAGCCCUUGGCCAUCCUAUUGAGUUCAUAUGUCUUGAUCUGAAAGACCCGGCAGUCUGCAAAUAUUGUGGUCUUCGCUAUGUUCAAAAUCAUCAUCACUAGAGGACGAUGUUUUGGCAGAAUUGGCUGCUAAUCUUUUCCUUGAAUUGUUCUCCUGAUUUAGAGAUAUGUCAAACUGUUGAUUUUUCUGCUAUAAUGCAAUGUACUACUGUACUACUAUUCCUUCUUAUUUUCAAGGGGGCAUAUCUCGCUCAGAUAAAUAAGCUACCAUCGUUUCUUGCUUUGAAUAUUGACGUUUUGUAUAUCAAUUACAUCAACGAGACCAGGUUAAACCAUUCAGUAUUUUAAAUGUUUGUGAAGUUGCAUGUAUGUUCAUGCACUUUUCUGUU